UAAUUUUCUAUCACAGAAACUUCAUGUCAAAUGUUUUUACUGUCUUUUUGACUUUUUUGUCCAUUCUGGUAGUGAUAUCUCAUAUUUUAUAUUUAUACAUUAUUUUUAUGAAAUUGAAGAAUGAAAGAAGAUGAGAAAAAUGAAAAUUUGAUUGCAACAUUUAUAAUAUCUAAACUAAUUUUCUCUAUACUCUGUUUUAUAAUGUUCAGAUUAUACAAGGCAAAAAAACGGGAUAUGUCUUCAAACAGUACUGUGAACCCUAAUUUUGCUUACAACACUGAUUGCCCAAUAUGUUUCAACAUCCUUAUGAUGCCUAUAGUAUCAGACUGUGGACAUGGGUAUUGUGCAGACUGUUUACAAACCUUUUUUGAAAAGAAUAGUUGGAAUAACUUGUGUCCUCUUUGCCGUCAACAACUCAAAAAUCUAAAAAUCUUAGAGAAUGAAAAUUAUAAAUACUCAGAAACAAGGAAGCAAAAAUUACUGAGUACAAUUGCAAAAAUAUCAAAAACUCCUAAAAGAAAUUUCGCAAAUUUAGUAACUUCACAAACUGCAUACUAUGCUUCUUGUGGAACUUUGCUGCUUCUACUAUGGACCUGGGCUGUAGUAAAUAUUGAUAACCUAUUAUAUUAUUGUAUGUGGAUGUAUACUACAUAUUAUAAAUCACCAGCUUAUGACAUCAUAAAUGUGUAAUGUAAUGCAUAAUUUUAAAAUGGAAGUUGUGAUUUUCAACUGACAAAAUUAGUUGAUGAAAGUAAAUAAAACCUUACAGCA